CGGCAGUUUCCCGGCUGGAGGUGUAUUGUCUGUCCGGGAGAGAGAAUGGGCACCACCUGGGAGCAGAUCACCACAAACGGUGCACCUUAGUCGCCCCGCGGCCCGGAGGGAGCAGCGCAGGUGAUCGCAGGCUGGCAGGAUGUUCCAGCUCCCCGUCAACAACCUCAGCAGCCUGCGGAAAGCCAGGAAAAAUGUCAAGAAGGUCCUGGGAGACAUCGGCCUGGAGUUCUGCAGAGAUCACAUCGAGGACUUCAAGGAUUUCGUCCCUCCAGACGUUUACAUCAAACACACCAGCUGGGAAGAUGUGUGCAUGUGGGAGCCGUCGCAUACCAAACCCCAGGAGUACCGGUCCAAGCCGUUCUGCUGCUCCGGCUGCCUCUUCUCCUCCAAGUACUUCUCGGCCUACAAGAGCCACUUCCGCAACGUCCACAGCGAGAACUUUGAGAGCAACAUCCUGCUCAACUGCCCCUACUGCACCUUCAAUGGCAACAAGAAAACGCUGGAGACGCACAUCAAGCUGUUCCACAUGCCCAACAGCGCGUCGCGGCCGGGCCACGGCGGCGCCAGCGCGGCGGCGGGGGCCCUGGGGGCCAAGGACGGGCUCCUGAAGAGGGACAACGUGGAGCAGGCCGUGUACUACUGCAAGAAGUGCACGUACCGGGACCCGCUGUACAACGUGGUGCGCAAGCACAUCUACCGAGAACACUUCCAGCAGGUGGCGCACCCCUACAUCGCCAAGCCGGGGGACAAGGCGGCCGCCCCCAACGGCGCCGACGCCAGCGCCGCCAGCAACCAGAUCCACUGCAAGAAGUGUCUGUUUGUGCCGCGCACCUACGAGGCGCUGGUGCAGCACGUCAUCGAGGACCACGAGCGCAUCGGCUACCAGGUGACGGCCAUGAUCGGCCACACCAGCGUCAUCGUGCCACGGCCCAAACCGCUGGUCAUGUUCCCGCCCAAGAGCCAGGGGGACAAGACGGUGAUCGGCAUGGGCCCCAAGGGCGCCGUCAUGGCCGCGCCGCGCUCGGCGGCGCAGCAGCUGGGCCGCGGCGUCCUGCCGUCCAAGGCGGGCUUCGGCAGCCUGCUGGCGGCGGGCCUGAAGGCACGGCCCUCCCAGCCCUUCGGCGCCGGGGCCCCGCAGGGCCGCGCCGCCCUGCCGGGCAACGCCCAGGUCCACGUGCCGCAGCAGUCGCACGCCGCCAAGCAGCUGCUGUCGGGCGUGAGCCUGCGGGGCCCCCUGCUGGCCGGCGCCUCCUCGGCGCUGCGCUCCCACCCGCUGGGCGCCCGCGUGCAGGCGGCCGCCACCACCGUGGCCUCGGUGUCGGCCAAGAAGGGCGGCGCCGCCUCGCUGCUCGGCACCUCCUACACCCAGAAGUGGAAGAUCUGCACCAUCUGCAACGAGCUGUUCCCCGAGAACGUCUACAGCGCGCACUUCGAGAAGGAGCACAAGGCGGAGAAGGUGCCGGCGGUGGCCAACUACAUCAUGAAGAUCCACAACUUCACCAGCAAGUGUCUGUACUGCAACCGCUACCUGCCCAGCGACACGCUGCUCAACCACAUGCUGAUCCACGGCCUGUCCUGCCCGCACUGCCGCGCCACCUUCAACGACGUGGAGAAGAUGGUGGCGCACAUGCGGCUGUCGCACCCCGACGAGAAGGUGGGGCCGCGCACCGACUCGCCGCUGACCUUCGACCUCACGCUGCAGCAGGGCAACCCCAAGAACGUGCAGCUCAUCGUCACCACCUACAACAUGCGCGACGCGCCAGAGGAGUCGGUGGCGUUCCACGCCCAGAACCACGCGCCGCCGCCCGCCCUGGCGGCGUCGUCGGGCAAGAGGCUGCCGCCCCAGCAGCCGCCCAGGACCCCGGCCGCCGACGGCCCCGCCAAGGCCUCCCCGCAGGCCUCGGUGCCGUACAAGAGGGACGUGGGCAAGACGCUGUGCCCGCUGUGCUUCUCCAUCCUGAAGGGGCCCAUCUCGGAGUCGCUGGCGCAGCACCUGCGCGAGCGGCACCAGGUGAUCCAGACCGUCCACCCGGUGGAGAAGAAGCUCACGUACAAGUGCAUCCACUGCCUGGGCGUGUACACCAGCAACAUGACGGCCUCCACCAUCACGCUGCACCUGGUGCACUGCCGCGGCGUGGGCAAGACCCACAACGGCCAGGAGGGCCGCGCCGCCGCCGCCCCGGCCCGGGCCGGCCCUCAAGCCCCCGGCGCCGCCGCCCUCAAGCGGCCCGGCGGCCUCGACGGCUCCGACGCCGCCAAGCGCCGGAGGACGGGCCCCCCGGGGGAGCGGGCCCACCCCCGCGACAUGAACGCCUUCGUGGAGAACCCGGACGACCCGGUGGUGCUGGCGCUGGACCCCAAGGGCCAGGAGAACCAGCCGUACGAGACGCGCAAGGCGUUUCUGACGCGGUACUUCAACCGGGCGCCGUACGCCACGCAGCGCGAGGUGGCCAAGCUGGCGUCGCGCCUCUGGCUCUGGCGCUCCGACGUGUCCGGCCACUUCGGCGUGCGGCGGCGGCGCUGCGUGCAGGAGUGCGAGCGGCAGCGCGCCAGCGUUCUGCUGGGCUUCAGCAUGCACGAGCUCGACGCGCUGACCCACGACCUGGCGCUGGCCGGGGUGGGCGGGGCCGGCGGAGCCACCAACGCGCCGCGCACCUCCAAGACCCGCAUGGGCGUGUCGGAGCGGGCGCUGCAGAGGCACCGCGAGCUGGUGGCUAGCGGCGGGCGGCCACCGCCUCGGCUACGGGGGCCGGGCCGGACCGGGGGCGAGGCCGGGGGCGGGGCGGAACCCCUGCCCGCCGCCACCACCGGCGGAGACCCGACAACCAGGGCCACGUCGCCGCAGAACCUCCCACUGGACCUUUCAGAGCCGAUCGCCAUCGACUCCAGCGAGGAGGAAGACGACGACGAGGAGGAAGAGGAAGAGGAAGAGCAGGGGGGGGACAAGGACCCGGCGGAGGAGGAGGAGGAGGCAGAUCGCCACGGCAACCAGCAGCCAACCGGAGCUCCGGAGGGGGAGGAGCCGGCGCCGCAGGGGGAGGAGCCGGCGACGGGAGUUUCAGAUCUUGAUGACUUAUCUGACGACGACGAUGACGACGAUGAUGAUGAUGAUGAGGACGAUGAUGAUGAUGAUGACGAAGCGGCGCACGUGGAGAACGGCUUCGGCGCGGCCGACGGCUCGGGCGGCGCGCCGUCCCCCAUCAUCAUCCCCAAGUUCGUGCCGUCGGCGGCGCGGAGCGGACGAGACCACGCCCACUUAGGAAAGCAGCAGGUCUGACAAACCAAAAAUGACCCUUCAGUCGGACCCCGACCCCCCCAUGACCCCUGACCCCUAACCCCCCCUCCGCCCUCGCCCGGACUGGAGGACGCCGGCGGGAAAAACAAGCCAUCGGGGGGGCGUCGGGAGGCGGGGCCAGCGGCGUCGCCGUGGAAACCUGAACACAGUUUUAACCUCAUUUGUACAGCGGGGGGUUCUGGUGGGGGAACCAAACAGACAUUAUUGCCUUCUAUAUCCUGUAACAUAAGUGGACGCUGGCCCCGCCCCCUGGCCCCGGGGGGGCGGGGCCUCGGCGAGCACCAGUUUUUCACGCGGGAGGAGGCCGGUGUACAUUUGUACAGUCUUUUAGACGUGUUUGGACGGCGCUGCUGCACAUGGACCCCUGGAUAUUUGCUUUUUCGUCGUGCGGGAGGUCGGAGGUCAGAGGUCGACGACGACGACUCCUCCGCUAGACGGCCGUCGUGUUGCUUUGGCGCAGGACUUUUCCCGCCUUUUCCUUCCUUUCUUACCAAAAACCGUUAAGUGAGGUCCAAGUUUCUGCUUCUGAUUUGGUCGGAUUUGACUUUGGAGACGAGAAUCUGGACCGCGGGGGGCGGGGCCUGUACCAGGGGGCGGG